AUGUCUUUUAUCUCUGGAACCGCGUACUCUCUCCCGCCGCUACUAGGUCAUGUCAAUGCGAGACUGCUGGAGGAUCCUCAUCCGGUACCCAAGCCCAUAAAGGAACCGUCGACCGCUGGCACCAGUCAGCCCGCUACACCGCCCUGGGAAAGGAGCCCAAACUGGGAGUUAAACGAAGAAAAGGAGCGGAUGGAGCGGGAAAGGGGGGAGCUCCGCCAAGUUAUCACCGAGUGCGAGACCCAAAUCGCAAAGCUUUCCGAAUACUCGGUGACCCCGAACAUACUAGAUCAAGAUUUAAAAGUCCUCAGCCAUUUUGGAGAGGAUUUUCGAAGCCGGAUUACCCAAAUCCUCGAUGAAUUUAGGGCAACGAUGACCUGGUUUAAUGCUGAAUCCCUGGAGGGCCCCGCCGUCGUAACAUGGACGCGGACGCCCGAACAGCGGCUAGCGCUUGCGAAACGGCUGGCGGAAGAGAAAGCCACGAUACGCCUGCUGGAGGAGCGUGGCGAGUAUGGCGAGAUUGUCCACUUGACACCUCUCGAGGAAGGCGAUUACACGAAACAACAGAAAGAAUACUGGCAGGUCAGGAGCACGGGGUACAUUAGAAGACGUGGUCGGCUUGAAGAAGGGCUCAGGACUCUGCGGACCCUAUACUGCAGAUUCAGAAGCAGAGAGCGUAACGCUUUGCGGACAGACCUUAUAACCGUUCCUUCAACAAGCACUCGUCCGAUGACGAGGUCGCAACGAACAGCACAGGUUGCAGGCCAACCCCAGCAGCAAAAUGUGAGCAAGCGGCGCCAGAGACAGACACAGGCACGACGCAAGAUAGCGAAGCAUCGUCAAUCCUCGGAAGGAACCAAUAAAGCUGACGGCACCGAUGAGGCGGCGAGCCAGCCACAAGACGCAAGUCCCGUUAAUUCAAGAAUGAAGCAUAACGAGGGCGGCGGUAGGCCUCGACAUAGCCCUGCAUCUGAAUCAUCGAAAUUAUGCGAUGAUCGCUGUCUGCAAUCUCGCUACCGCACGCGUAGAUCUAGAAUAUUCAAGUCCAAAGCCAGUAGGCGGUUGGUGGAGGACAGUACCUCGUCUUCCUCUAGCAACAUUUCACUACGAAGAAGCACACGGAUAUCGAGGCCACCAGAAAGAUUCUACCCUAGAUAA